CACGCCGUUCGUUCUACCGCACAUCUGGCUCACGCGCGCGCUCGUCUGAGCACAGCUGCGCACAGCGCGAGCUUGGUCGCCGCUCGCUGAAACGUGCACCUGACAGCGCCGGGCGCGCACUCCCGCGCACUGGCUUGUCAGAGCGCCAGGUCGCGUGAACGCGCAGGCGUCGCGCGCCCGCAUCUCUCAUCCUUCGCGUCUGUCUGAAAAGUCCGCCGCGCCGAGCCACCUGUGUGUGUGUCUCUCUGUGUGACAACGGAGACCGCAGUCCAGCCCAUCACUUCGCUGGACAGGACGGGCCCCGGCGUCCCCACACAGACACAGACAGUAAGAAGAGCAGGAAACUUUGGAAAGACACAAAUGUAAGAUGUGCAGUAUCUCCCGCACCCAUACCCUGUCCCUGGUGCUGUGCGUUCUGACGCUGACGCCGGCGGCGGCGGCGGCGGGGCCCGAGACGCUGUGCGGAGCCGAGCUCGUGGACACACUGCAGUUUGUGUGCGGAGAAAGAGGCUUUUAUUUCAGUAAACCGGGGGGCUACGGGCCGAGUUCACGGCGGUCCCACAACCGCGGAAUCGUAGACGAGUGCUGCUUCCAGAGUUGUGAGCUUCGGCGGCUGGAGAUGUACUGUGCGCCAGUCAAGUCCGGCAAGGCAGCGCGCUCUGUGCGGGCGCAGCGCCACACAGACAUGCCAAAAACACAGAAGGAGGUGCAUCAGAAGAACUCCAGUCGGGGUAACACAGGUGGCAGAAACUACCGGAUGUAGAGGAGGAGGCCCACGAGGACAGACAA